AUGGAGGUUAUGGAGCUGAAAGUUCACCUGCAUUGCAAGGCUUGCGAGAAAGCAGUUCGAAAAUCCUUGUGCAAGAUCAAAGGGGUGAAAUGCGUGCAGAUAGAGAGUAUAUCAAACAAGAUAACAGUAAUGGGGUAUAUGGAUAAAAAAGUGGUGGUGAAAGCUAUUUGGAAGACAGGGAGAAGGGCUGAUGUGUUGCCAUCUUCAUCUUCAACAUCAUCAUUCUCAUCAGUUCGUUUGGAGGCACCGGCACUGGCACCUAGUCCCAGAUUGCCUACUGGCUUUCGGUGCAUCAUUCCAGCUAAAUGGAGUUUCAAGAAAUCAAAUCGCAUCCCAAAAACUACUGUUGUGUACAAAAUGGGACAUCCAAAUUUGGCAUGGAAAGGUUACAAAGGAAAGGCAAACAACUGCUUGAGAAUAGCUACGCAGAGGAUGCAGAAAGGCUUGCAGUUUUCCACCAGAGACCGCCGCAACAGGAAGCGUGACUUUCGUUCUCUAUGGAACCUCCGCAUCAACGCUGCCACCCACCAACACGGCAGUCAGGACUGCCUCAGAUUAGCAGUGGAAUUGGUUCUCAACUUCUCAUAUGAUCUUGCUCAAGGUCUGUGCAGUUCUGAUGUUGUCAGUCUUGAGGAUGCUCAAGCGUUCUUGACAAAAUUUGGGCAAUCCUUCUGGUCCUGCGUUGUAAAGGGGCCUAAAUCUAUUUUUCCCUAG